AUGAAUACUACCUCUACCAAGUCAACCACAGUGGUUGCAGUUCCUUCCCCACCAGGAGAAGUAGAAAUGACAGAAACAAAACCUGUCGCAGCAACAGCAUCAGGAGAACCAAAAACUAAAUGGAAAGAAUGGACCAAAGAAAAUGUUUUGGAAUGGGCCAGUACACAUAAAAAUGAAAAGGUCAGAGCCUGUGCCAAAACAUUGCAUAUCCAAGACAUCAGUGGAGAGAACUUCGAUACUGUGACAGUCACCUUCUUGCAAAACAAUGUUGGUCUCACUGCUGGACUUGCAGAUUCUCUUCACAAAGCAAUACAUACAGGUUCUAAUCAGCCAAGGUAUGGACAAAAUUUAGUGAUGUCAAAUUUGUCACAACAAAUCAAACCAUUUAUCUUUAGAAAACAUUUGGACCAAAACUGUGUCAUUGAAGAAAUCAAAAGUUGUUACAAUCAAGUCCAUUCAUCAUUUGACUUUAAAGUGAUACAACAUCACUACAUCCACUCGGGUGGAGUCCCAAGAUACGUCUUUCAAGAGGUGAAAGAUAUAUCUGCAUAUAGAGAGGCAAUUGCGUCUAUUACCUACUAA